GUCUGCUUGCCUGACCUGUGUAUGUUCAAGUGUUCCAUCUGAUGCUCGCUGGGAGCUGGGCCAGCCCUCUGCUGUGCCACCAGCCAGGACUGCUCCAGGUGCUCCAGCUGCCUGUGGCCACCACACACCAUUGCUGGGGCUCUGAAAGGAGGUCGUAAAGGGUUUCUGAUGCAAGCUUCCUUAACUGAUUUUUUCCCACCUAUAAAAACUAUGCUGAGUACCAAUGGAAGGGGCCCUUCUACUUCAUCCAGGGAGCAGAUCCUCAGUUUGGACUGAUGAAAUCUUGGGCAUAUGGAGACACUGAGAAUGGAGAUGAUGAAUGGGGAGAAGAAAUUAAAUUAGCAGAGCAAGCAGUACAGGCCAUUAACAAACUAAACCCUAAACCCAAGUUUUUUGUGCUGUGUGGAGACCUUGUCCAUGGAAUGCCAGGAAGUCGAUGGAAAAAAAACCAAGAGCAAGAUUUAAAGGAUGUUCUGAAAAACACUGACCAGGACAUACCACUGGUAUUUGUCAGUGGGAAUCAUGAUAUUGGCAACACUCCAACAAGAGAAACCAUAGAUGAUUAUUGCAAGAACUGGGGAGAUGACUACUUCAGCUUUUGGGUUGGAGGUGUUUUCUUUCUUGUAUUGAAUUCUCAGCUAUACUCUGAUUCUUCCAAGUGCCCUGAGUUAAGGCAAGCCCAGGAUGCCUGGCUUGAUGAGCAGCUUGCUGCUGCUGCAAACCAGAAAUGCAAGCAUAUAAUUGUAUUUCAGCACAUUCCUCUGUUUCUGAGAAAACCUGAUGAAGACAACGAUUAUUUCAACUUGGAUAAAUCAGUUCGUCAGGAGAUAAUGGAAAAGUUUCAUAAAGCAGGCAUUACAGCUGUAUUUUCUGGGCAUUACCAUAGGAAUGCUGGAGGGUCCUACAAAGGCCUGGAAAUGGUGGUGUCAUCAGCCAUAGGAUGUCAGCUGGGACAGGAUACACACGGCCUUCGAGUGGUGGUUGUGACAGAGGAGAAGGUGGUGCACAGAUAUUACAGCUUAACUGAACUGGGCAGCCAGGGCAUAGAGAAGGAGUUGCUGGAUAUGCUUGCUAAGCAAAAGUAGGCUGUACCAAAAGCUGUUUUUCCAUAUUAGAUAAAUAUAAAUAGUUUCAUAAAGUUUCCCCAAGCAGAAUUACAGAUUUCUGACUGCAGUGUCCCAGAACAGCUCUCAGUUUGUUGUUGUCCUAAAUAACAAGGAAGUUGUUGACAGCGUUUUUCUUUCUGAAAAUGAGACCUAUGAGGAAUAUGGGAGAAGAGCAGAGCUAAUAUGGUAAUGUGUCAUUGAAGAGUACAGUUUGAGAAUUUUCACUUUGCUCCUAGAUAAUAUUUACUUAUUACAGAGAAACUGGUGUCUGUAUAACCCUUUAACUUGAGAGGGUAUUUCAAGAUCAAUAAAUUUAGUAAUUUCUGUUGCCUCCUGGACAAUGAACGGGGCACAUUUUUACAGAAACAAAUCUCAAAAAAUUUGAAAUCAUCAGAGUUCUGCUGACUUUUAGCAGCUUUUGGAUCAUAGCCUGUUACCUUGGUGUCAUAUUUUCUCCCAUUUCCCACACUUUAUUUUCUUAGUUCUUCAGAGCCAGGAGCAAUAGGAGAGCAGACAUAUUCUGGUUUGCAGUUACAGCUUGGGUUCUGUUAUAUCUGUUAGAAAGUUUUAUAUAAUGUUAUAUAGUUUUAUAGUUUCCAUUAUAUAGUUUUAUAUAAUGAAAAGUCUGUAAAUGAGGCUGAUAUAAAUGUCACUGACAGAAACUAAAGGUGAAACAACUAUUUCCAUUUUGCAAUUACACUACCAUUCAAUUAGCAUAUAUCCUGGCUCUAGCUACAGAAGUUGGAAUAAUUGCAUGGGGAGAAUAAUUCUGUACAGAAUACUCCAAUCAGAAGUCACUUUGUUGAUUCCUAGACAAGCAGAGAGCUUUGAUUUCCAAAUGCAAUGUAGAGUGCCUUACUGUAAGACAGUACAGAAUACUACAGACUGUUGAAAACCUUAAACAGUAUGUUUUCUUCACUGCAAUAAGUCUUUAAAAACAAAUUUAUAAAAUAGCUUACAUGCUGCAAUCCACCUCUUUUUUUACUAAGUGUAUCUAAUUGGUUUCAAAUAAAGUCUUUGUGUAAUUAACUCAUA